GCACUUCUGGCGCGCCUCCUGCCCUAUGCCAGCAGUCCGCCGGCAGCCGCCGGCCGCGGAAGCCCCCACCUUUCAUUGAGAGGGAGCUCAGGUGAUGGCAGCCAUGCGCCUGAAGGCCUGGCACCAGGAGGUGGUGACCUUCGAGGUGGCUAUCUACUUCACCCGGACAGAAUGGGCUGGCCUUUCUUCUGCACAAAGGGACCUGUACAGGGAAGUGAUGCUGACAAAUUAUGGGAACUUAACUUCCCUGGGAUACCCUGUUUGCAGACUUGCCCUGAUGUCACUUCUGGAGGAAGGGGAUUUGUCUUGGGGCCUGGAGACACAGGAUGAUCCACCUGCAGAGAGUACCAAUGAUGUCUGUCAAGAUGCUGAGACCAACACUGACAGUGAGUCCACAUCAACACAGGGAAUUUCUGAAGAAAGAAAUGUGAUGAUAUCACGUGGGCUGCUACAGAGUGUUUCUCGGGAAAGUGAAUUUCCAGGAACAUGUGAACUGGAGAAACACCAGGAAAUCUCCACAACGAAAAAUAUUAAAAGAAAGGAUGAGAGAAUCUUCUGUGCAAGGAAACCCUUCAGAUGUGAGGAAUGUGGGAGAUGCUUCAGCUUUUUUUCUUACUAUGUUAGACACCAGAGAAUCCACACUAGGGAGAAACCCUACCCAUAUGAGGAGUGUGGGAAAUCCUUUAAUGGCAAUUCUUCAUUAAUUCGGCACCAGAGAAUCCACACUGGAGAGAAACCCUAUCAGUGUGAAGAAUGUGGGCAAGCCUUCAAGAAUAGUGCCAAUCUAAUCAGGCACCAGAGAAUCCACAGUGGGGACAGACCUUAUCUCUGCAAGGAGUGUGGACAUGGCUUCCCCAGUAGUUCUGAGUUGGUUAUACACCAGAGAAUCCACACUGGGGAGAAACCUUAUGAGGGUAAGAAGUGUGGAAAGACUUUCACUGUUAAGUCAACCCUAAGUCGGCAUCAGAGAAUCUACAGUGGAGAGAAAUCAUAUGAGUGUCUCAAGUGUGGGAAAACCUUUAGGACUUCCUCUCAGCUACAUCAUCCUGAGUGUGCCCACCCUAGGGAGAAGCCUGUCCUGGACCUUGGUUCCUUUGGCCUCCCAGCAUUUUUUACCCCCUUUUCAUGGUAAUUACUGCCUUCCUUUUUUUGGAAAGCUACUCUUCCCUCACUCAACAAUUGUUGUGGUAUAGGUGUGGCUCUGUUCCCCACUGCAAGGGUGGUACUUGUGGUCUAGUCUAGCCCAUCUAUCCUCUUCCUUCCCUCUGCCACAAUGAUAGGUUCAGGUGACCAGGUUCAUCCAUUUUUCCAUCUUUCUCCAGAUUUGGGAAUUGACUCAUACAGCAUUGCUAGAAGUAGCUAUGAGGCUGUUCUUUUUCUGUGCUUUGGAACAGUUUCAGAAGCCUAGCAGUUAUAUCUGUUCCUUGGAAAUCUGGAAAAAAAAAAAAAAAAAUCCACCUAAUAAAGCUGGCUGGGCCAGUUGCUUUUGUUGGGGGUAGUAGAAGAGAAGAGAUGUUUACUACUUUAUAAGUUCUUUCUGUGGCAUUGAGCCAGUUACAUUGUCUAUUUCUUCUUGAGUCAAUAUUGCUAAUUUAUAAUUUUUUAAUUUUUUAAAUAUAUUUUGAGACAGAGAGAGAG